AUGGCCGUAGGCCCCAGCCAAGGGGGUAGUGGGGGAGAUGACUAUGGGUGGUAUGGGACAAGGGGUGCAAGGAGGCCUGGGCUGCAACAGAAGCAUCGGUCGGAGGCGUGGGAGGACCAGUACGUUUUGCUCCAGGGACUGGCAAGGUUUGGCUCUGUGAAAUUUGAUAGUGGAGUAUUACUGCUUAGCACACACAGACUAAUCUGGAGGGAUCAGAAGAAUCAUGAGUGCUGCAUUGCUAUACCUUUGUCUCAGAUCGUCUUUAUUGAAGAGCAAGCGGCUGGGGUAGGAAAAAGUGCCAAAAUAGUAGUUCAUCUUCAUCCUGCUUCUUCAAACAAAGAGCCUGGUCCAUUCCAAAGCAGCAAAUACUCCUACAUCAAACUUUCUUUCAAAGAACAUGGGCAGAUUGAGUUCUAUAGACGAUUAUCAGAAGAAAUCACACAAAGGAGAUGGGAGAACAUGCCUACUGGUCAGCCCAUUCAGGUUAACAAGGAUCCACAGGCAGGAAGAAUAAGGGCUGUAGGAAUUGUAGGGAUCGAAAGGAAAUUAGAGGAAAAAAGAAAAGAGACUGACAAAAACAUUUCCGAGGCUUUUGAGGAUCUUAGCAAACUAAUGGAGAAGGCUAAAGAAAUGGUGGAGUUAUCCAAGUCAAUAGCUAAUAAAAUUAAAGAAAAACAAGGUGACAUCACUGAGGAUGAGACUAUUAGGUUCAAGUCCUAUCUACUGAGUAUGGGUAUAGCUAAUCCCGUUACUAGGGAAACAUACGGAUCUGGUACACAUUACCACAUGCAACUGGCAAAGCAACUAGCUGGAAUACUGCAGACACCAUUAGAGGAGCGAGGAGGGAUCAUGUCACUUACAGAAGUGUACUGUCUGGUAAAUCGUGCGCGAGGAUUGGAGUUGCUGUCACCGGAAGAUUUAGUAAAUGCUUGUAAGAUGCUAGAGUCACUGAAAUUACCACUAAGGCUUCGUAUAUUUGAUAGUGGUGUGAUGGUGAUUGAACUCCAGUCUCAUAACGAAGAGGAAAUGGUAGCUUCUGCUUUAGAGACAGUGUCUGAAAAGGGUUCACUCACAGCUGAUGAAUUUGCUAAGCUGGUGGGGAUGUCUGUUCUCUUAGCCAAAGAAAGGCUGCUUCUUGCUGAAAAGAUGGGCCAUCUUUGCAGAGAUGAUUCAGUGGAAGGAUUGAGAUUCUACCCAAAUUUAUUUCUGACACAAAGCUAAUGUAGUUCGUGUACAAUUUGUUAUGUAACAGUCAAACAAGAGAGCAGAGAGCAGAAUCCUUCCAACAACGGACUUUAGAAUUUUUAUUUUGUUAGUCAGCUGCAACAGUGAUGAACAUUGCAACGCUUUACAGUUCUCAGGUAUUUCAAGUGUUGAAUCCUCUUCGGUGGAACUGAAAGGAAAUAGGAAUCACCAGAAGUCAGAAGC